AUGUCCGCAUCACCCCUCACAAUUGUUGUGCGCCCUCGAGGCCGCCCGAUCAAAAACCUUCCCGAGACGAUUACUGUCAACGCCGAUGCCUCGACCUCUCAGAUCUUUGAGGAAAUUGCAAAAGCUUCGCGCUUCUCGAUCCACCGCCUGCGGGUCACAAAGGGCAGCGAUGGGUCCCCAAUACCAAACACCAAGGAUGUCAAGGUGCACGACACCGGCUUGAGGAACAAGAGCGCCGUCGACGUCAAGGACUUGGGGCCACAGAUAUCAUGGCGAACUGUUUUCAUUGUCGAAUACCUCGGACCCCUCCUCAUCCAUCCGCUCAUCUACUUCGGCCGCCCUCUGAUCUACGGCACCUCUGCGCCCCCGUCCCAGCUCCAGACACUCACCCUGGCCAUGUGUGUCUUCCACUUUGCCAAGCGCGAGUUUGAGACGCUCUUUGUGCACCGCUUCUCGUCGGCUACCAUGCCCGCCAUGAACAUUGUGAAGAACAGCGGCCACUACUGGCUCCUUUCUGGCCUGAACCUGGCUUACUGGAGCUAUGGUCCAAACAGCCCGGCAGCAGGACGCCCAAAUCCUCUCCUUACCUACCUAGGCGUCGCCUUGUUUGCCAUUGGCGAAGUGUGCAACUACAGUACACACGUCACGUUGAAGAACUUGCGUCGCCCAGGCAGUACCGAGCGUGGCAUUCCUCGGGGCUUGGGCUUCAACUUGGUGACGUGUCCCAACUACAUGUUCGAGUCGAUGGCAUGGCUCGGUGUGGCCCUGAUCAAUCGUAGCCUGUCCACGGUGCUCUUCGUUGUCAUUGCUGUUGGGCAGAUGGGUGUAUGGGCAUGGAAGAAGGAGAAGAGGUAUCGCAAGGAAUUUGGCGACAAGUACAAGCGCAAGAGGUAUGCCAUUCUCCCGGGUAUCUGGUAA